GAUUGCAAGGGCGAGCAAACUGAAACUUCUGAAUCCAUGACCAUGGUUGAGAAGGAGAGUUUCUCAAAAAAUGGCUUGUUAUAAAAGUGAUAGUCCUCCAAAGAAAUCUUUUGUCUGUCGUAAAACUCAAUCUUUUUCUAUAUUGUGUUUGCAAAACGAAAACUCAAAUCAAAUGUCCUCAAAGCACGUCUCUGCAAGCAUUGCGUCUAACCUCGAAUUUUUGUGUUGACCGGGUCUUACAGAUUUAGAUUCCACUUCUAGCGGAAACCCCUUUGCUUGUUGCCCGCUUGGUUUCUUUAAAUCUUUGCUCUUCGUGAAGACGGUCAGCACGCUCAGCUCACACAGGAGAAGACCCGAACAACAUCUUUCGCCCCCCGGUGUAAGUACUGAUAUUUUGAGUGCAUGUGCGACGAAUUGCACCUGAUCUCAUUCGCAGUCAGAGCCAGUGAACGUUUCCGGAGUGUGGUGGACGAACAUUUCCGCCGACGGGCUGCCAGUAUCGGGGUCGCAGUUUUCUUUACGCUCGCCGCACAUUUGCUGCCAGUUUUGAUUUACUUUCUGCAAAAAUCCUCCAACAGCUUCCCGACCCGUGCGAGUAGAUUUGCCGGCACAGUAAGUAGUUCUCUCGACGACACCGACGAGUACUAGAGGAACAAAGUAGAACUGCGGGAGCAGCAACCGACGAGGCUUGUGAGGACCGCGUCAAUUUUCCCAUUGCGUUCUCCACCUUUCCUUUGCGUUUGCGAGGUAAUACUCGUAGAGCAGCCAGACCUCCGUGCCUCGUGUCUCUGUAACUAAAGAGGACUAGUCAGCAAUCUUCGUCCUAGCGUUGUUUUUUUGGCCAUCAUGGCCAUGACGAGCAAGGCAGAUUUCGAUUCGGUCUUGCACGACCGGUCGAAAACCAAACCAACCGCUACUGCUCCGCUAGCGAACAAGAACAUGAGCAAUAAUAAAGUGGCGUCGACGAUCAACAACAAGAUGCUGGGCGGGUCUCCCGGUUUACAGCACCAUCGGCGGGCGGCCCAACUGUCGAAGCGGGGUGUAGUGGUCCCGUCUGCUACGCUGGCCGGUGCAGCUUCCUCGUUGAAGAACAAGGACCUUGUUCAUGUGGACGGGGCGGAGCCGUUCUCCUUUGUGCACGAUGCGCUUUUGCACGGGUACGGUCGCGUAGAACUCGUCGGGUACGUCUUCUGCCUCUGCCUCUUGAAGCUCGAGCAAACCCUAUCAGAGUGCACAACUCGUCCCUCUGUUUCCCUCGUCUCAUUUGUCAUGCUGCAAAAUGCCAAAUCCACCGCCACCCUCUGCCCUUUGGCACUGCUUGACAGACAGGUGUCCGAAGGCGAAACAGCACUACUAGAAUCGGUCGUGGUGAAUUUGUCAUGCGGGCACUGCAUCUAUUACUGUUUCUGUGUCAGCGCUUUUAAAUUGCUGCAGAAAUAAAGUUGUUGCCAUCCAAAUGAGGGACGAGCGUGGGACGAGUUAGGCACUCUCAUAAACCCUGGCGCUGGAUCUGAUGGAAUCCGACACACGAAAGCUGGUCUUCGUGUUUCUCACUGUGGCCUGGGUCGCCCAAGUGUAUCGGCGCUUUGUGCAGUGGACGGACAGAGUGGAGGUGGUUGCUGCGAACAAACGACAGAAGACCGGAGUUCUUGCCGUCGGUCGUGAACAAGGUGCAACUAAUCCUGCGACUACUUCCAGUGCCGGUCCUGGUACAACUACCGUGCCGGAGCAAGGUCAGGAUGGAGCAAGUGAGGCUGCAACUACUGGUUGCAUUAAUAGUACCACAUCGAACGCAGAUCAACAUCCGGACGCAGGAGUAGAGCAGGUUAGCCUCCUGCGGAAGCUUUCUUCGGCCUCGUCCUCACUCUCUGCGUCGGUUGCCCGUGCUGCUGUGAGUGGCAAAAACAUGCUGCUCGGUCGUGGAGCCUCGAAAACAAGCGGUGACAAAGACAAACUGACCAAAGCCAAGGAGUGGGCAAAGCGCAUGGAUCAGAUCAAGGAAAAGAAGAAGGCCGCAAAGAAACAACAAUUGCUAGUACUGCAAGAACAGACCACGCACACCGAACAAGAGAAGGCCCCGGAAGCAGCGGAUAGUACUGGCAAGAAGACGCGUGUUGAUGGAUUAGAGGUGGAGCAGCAGAGUUCAACGAUCGGACCAUGUUCGACGGCGGAGAAGGUAUGUUCUUCUUCUUUCGUUGACUGCUCUUGCAGCUUUUCGCAACUUGUACAGCAUCACCGUGCUCCUGCAAAAAUAAACUAAGUACAAGUAGGUGAAUGUAGAUGUAUAUAACAUUACAAAUAAAAAAGCCAACAUGAUAUAAAAACGAUGGAUAGGUUCAGACGAGUGGCUUCUACAUCUAUGUGGUCGCUUAAUUUUUAUGAUAAAAUAUAGAAAUAAAAUCAAAACAACGAAACCUCAACAAGGUGCAGCCGCUGCCGGCCCAGGAACACGAGUUGCGGGAGCGCUGUGCGCGCAAGGGCCGUAAGGAUGAUGACCUUGAGGAUCCCCGUGUCGUUGAAUAUGCGAAGAAGCAGCAGGAAAGCUCGGGAACUACGAAGGUUCUCCUCUCGACGUCCACGACUGUCAAAUCGGUCGACGGUGCUGGAGCCUCGGACAACAAGACUACAACCGACUUGACACCAGUGUCCCGGUCGCGGUCCGCGAGUCGCGCUGGCGAGCGAGCACGACAAGAACUGGCAUUCGACGAGAAGAAUGUGUCUCCGGCUAAGGGCAAGACGUCCAAGCGGGGCGUCUCCGCAUCAAACAAAGCCGCCAAGAGUUCCUGCCAGGAGACACCGGGAACGUCUCCGGCUGUAGUCGUUUCUGGUGCUGCCGCUGCACCAGCGGUGGCGACCCCCGCUCAGGAUGUCGAAUCUGCAACGGAAAAGAAAAAGCGAUCCGCGAAAAAGAAGAACAAAAGUGCGCAGGACAAGGAUCUGCUGAAAGAGUUCUGGGACGAGGAGGCAGUGGAAGACGUGGUAAUGGAUAUGAAAGUGCUAAUCUGGUUCGACUUCAGAAUAUGUUUCUGUUUGUGUUUCGACCGAGCCGCGGCGGCGCUUAAAAAAGAAGCUCGUCAUUCCCACAAAAAAUAUCUUCUGCUUUUCAGGUCGAUCAAGUUAUCGAGGGCGAGGGAGACUUUUGCGAGGACGGGAUUCCACUUUCGCCUUGCGAAGUUCCCGGGAUUCCAUUUGUGUCUCCUUCCCUCGGAAGGGGUGUGUCUCUGGGAAUUCCGUCUUCAUUUCGCCUUCCCUCGGAAGAUCCAUCCGUCCCUCUCGGAGUUACAUUCCCGUUUCGCCUCCUCUCGGGAGACCCAUUGCGCAUGGGAUUCCGUUUCCACUUCGCCUUCCUGGGGAUGGUGUCAGUCUCGGGGGAUUCCGUUUCGCCUUCCUGCGGAGGGUGGUCUCAGGGAACUCCCUUUCGCCCUCCUGUGGAAGGUGUCUCGGGGGCCUCCAUUUCGCCUCCCUUGCCCUUCGGCAGGUCUCUCCGGGGAUUCUAUUUCGCCCCCUUCGGAAGGAAUCUUUGGGGAUUGGCAGGGAUCUCAUCUCUGGGAGUUCCAUCUUGUCUUCCCGGUGUCCGGGGUUUCCGCCUGCAGCACUUCUAAGGGGCCGAGGCUUUGCCUCAGUCAGGUGUUUGGCAUUUGCCAACCUUGGCCCCUUCGCCUUGGGGAGAUCCGGCGGGGCGUUUACCUUCGGAAGCGCCGAAGCCUUCACCUUCGGAGGCCCCGAAGCUUCUUUGGCUUCGGCAGCCCCAGAUGUCUCGCCUUCGCAAGCUCUGGCGGGUCUCUCCCCGGCGGAAGGUCCGCAGCUUGGUUGCCUCUCGAGGGACUCUGAGUUGUUUACUUCCUGGCUGGCGCGAAGCUUUCGUCAUCGACUCCAGAUUGAUGAAUGGCCCGAGCUUAUUUACACCUCCUGCGCGACAUGGGCUGUUCGGGGUGUUUCUGUGCCCGGGCUCGCCGAGGCGUUUUGGAUUCGGUUUCGGGGCGCGCAAGUUUGCCGCUGUCGGAGGCUGCGCGCGUGUGCUUACAGUUUUUGCGCCGGGGGCCCCGGGUUUUUUCUUUUUCGUCCCGGGGCCUUGUCACAUCCACGCCCCGGGGCCCCGGAACAUGCAUAGCCCGUCCUCGGAAGGCGGGCCAGCCUUCUGUAAAGGUAGGCGGGGGGCCCGAAGCAUGGAGCCUUCCCUUCUGGGGAGACCCGAGGUUUUGCCUUCCGUGAAGCCAGGAAUUGAAUUCCGCUGGUGCCGGCAGGGCUGCAAUUUUAUUUUUUCUCCUCGGGAGAGCAGAUGGAGAUGCCUGCCGCCCCGGGGGGAUCUAGGAGAGCUCUCCGCACCUUUGGAAGAGGCGCGCUACGCAUGGGAGCCCUGGGCAUGCCGGGCUCCCUGACGGGCCGUGCGUGGUGAAUAACGUUUGGCAGUGGGGAUGAUGGGCAGUGCUUCUGGCGGAAACGGGAAACAGGACAUUCAAUGUGAUCCCACAUAAUGGGAUUCCAGGGACCAACUUGAUUCCACGCAACUUGAUUCCAGGACCCAACUUGAUUCCAGUCAACUUGAUUCCAGAACCCAACUUGAUUCCAUUUAACUUGAUUCCAGUUACCAACUUGAUUCCAACAAUUUGACCAACUUGAUUCCUUGGACGUCCUUUAUAAUUCAUCAUCAUCAGGUCGAUCAAGUUAUCGAGGGCGAGGGAGACUUUUGCGAGGACGGUUUCGUGACGAGCAAAAAUCUGGAUACUGGUACUUACUAUAAUACUUUGGUGUACGUUCUCCUAUCGUAUCAACAUCAAGAUGUGAUGAGUUAAAUCAUUCGAUAUUUCGUUUUCGACGUGUUCUUUCUCAUGAUGAUGAUGCAGCAUGAUCAUGGCACGGCUUGACGAGCAGCGUUGAUUCUAGAAGUUCGAAUAUUCGCUCCAAACUGUGACAACACUACCAGUUUCCAAAUCGGGUGACGGCGUCGUCGACAGCGCCAAUGUGGUGGAUGCAAAGGAGGAAGCGGAGCGCAGGGAGAAGGCCAGACAGGAGCGCGAAGCUGCUGCGUUGGAGACCUGGCGAGCGGAACGUGAGAAGCAGAAGCAGCUGGAAAGCAAGAAAAGUACACGCGGCGAAAAAUUUUCAUUUAUUUGUCCGAUAUUCGAUUUGAUGAUGCUUAGUUGGCAUUAGUAGUACCCCUCGGUGCUUACUAGCUGUAUAUUGGAUGCAUUCGCAGUCAACCGCAUCAUGGGAACGGUCAUUAUAUUAUUUGUAUGCGCCUUUGCGAGUCAAACAACUAGAUGCAAACCCUUCCAACUGAGAUAUUCAAAAGCAAAAAGCACAUUUCCUCUCUUCCCCAGGUGGUAUGGUCGCCGCUGGGAGCAGUGCUGAGAAGAAGCAAACCACAAAGUUGCCCGAGGAACAGCACUUCUUGAAGUUGCAGAAGAAGCUCCUGCAAAUCCGCAAGAUCGAGGAGCGGAUUGAAAAGGGAGAGCAACUGGAGGAGUUGCAGAAGGACAAGCUGAAGCAGAAGCCGGGCCUCGUGGAAGAGGUGGAGCAGGCGCGCAAGGAGUGGCAGGCAGCGGAGGAAUUGAAGCGGCAGAAGAACAUCCUUCGCCAGAUGGAGACCAUUUUGAACGAGCUCAGCCCGAGUGCGCAGAAAAAGAAGAAGCGACCGUCGAUGGUGUCCAACGGCGGGAACGAGGAGAGCGCCAAAAAUCCCGGCUCGAUAUCAAAUGCAAAUAUGCCUGGGUCUGGAAACUUGUGAUGCUAAAAUGUGAAUGAUGGAAACAGUCGCGAAUGCGCCCUGGCAUGACAACUUUCCAGAACGCUUUCUCAUGGACAAUCCGCAUCAGAAACUGCGCGUUUGCAUGUACAAAAGAGGCUGCGACUAUUGUAGGUUAUGCAAUACAGAUUUCCUAGGUGUGGAAAGUUAAGAAUGCCACCCUCGAUUCUUCACCCCCAGGGGGUUGGGGUCCCCUCUCCCAAUGUGUAUUGGUUGAGGACUGCCCCCUUCAUCCUAAGUGCCAUCAGCCAUGGUAUCUGGAAAGUUAGCAUUACAAGUUCCACCCUUCCACCAGACCCCGACAUAUUUGCAAUGCAUACUCCAGAAGAAAUUCCAACGUCCACGCCGAUUCGACAUCUUACCAGAAGUCUUCGACAAAGGACAAGCAGCGCCGCAAGAGCGGUGGUACUUUAUUCCUCUAUGUUUAGUACUAUCAUCUCAACAACGAUCAGAAAAGGAUAAAGAGCGUUUGGAUCUGAUAAUUAAUUCGAUUUCGACAUUGGAUCACAUUGGUUUGUUGAAAAUGAAAUAUUUUGAAGAUGCUGCAGUGACUCUAGAAUUUUUUGCAUUGAUCAAAAAAUUGCAACAGUGACGCGGACGUUUUUCGACCCGAGUUUGGAACAGGCGAAGAAGACAACCGUGCCGAAGCUCGAAGAUUUCCCCAGUCUGCCCAACGAGCAGCAGCAGGAAAAGGUGGUCGCUGUCACCGAAGACCUGUCCACCAUGCUGCAGCCCUCCGAACUCUCCUUCAACGAUGACCAGAACACUACCGCGUCCUCCUGGGCGGCGAAGUUGCGCCCCGCAACAGAGAAGGGUACUGACAGAAAUUAUAAUCGAAUAAGUAGCAGAAGCAGUCUGCGUCUCGUCCUCGUUCUAGUUCCGAACUGUCCUUGCAUUGCUUUUCGCCGUUUCUGUUUUUCUUUGAUGCUCUGUUUUAUUACCCGGAUCUUGUUCUGGUCAACUGUUUAUUUGAAAUUGAAAUAGAUGUUCAAUUAUGCCGCAACUACCAGAUGCGGGCAAAGCUGGCCUUGGCGGUCCGCAUGCGGACGAGAUCGAUGACGGGGACGAAACUCCGCCUCCGCCGCCUCCCGAGGAUGACGAAGAUGAGGACAACAUCAACGUUGCGCAGGCCGGCAAGGGAUCUGCAUCUGCAACGAGCAAGGCCGCUUUCGCGGACGACGCCGGCAACGGCAAGGGCGGGCGGCAACGCGCGCUGCAGCGGGGCUGGAAGCAGCACUACACCACGUUUCAGGAUUUGCAGGCCGACCGAAAGCGGGACGUCGUCUUGAGUUCCUCCGCCAAGAAGAAGCACCGGGAGACCCGCCGGGCGGUCUCGCACUCCCCACCGUCCCACGAAGGACAGGUCUGGAUGACGCAGCACAAAUAUCACGAGUACUCUUUUUCAUUUUCAUUUCUACUUUUGUCUUUCGAUUAGGAUUCAGGUCGAUGCUGAUCUUCUUGUGUUGUAUCACUAUCAUCGAUUUUCUAGCGUAUCUAUCAUUUGAAGACAAUUAGUGGCACAACAUUUAUCUUCUGUGUUGGUGCUUCUGGUGUCGGAGGAAGUAGGACGCUGUAACCAAAAACGCUUGCAUCUCUACUUUCAGUUCCUGGUACCGCGCUCCGUGGUACGACGGGUGCAAAGGCGGUCUGCCGCCGUCCUCGAAAAACGGCAACGGUGCAACGGUUUGCUCGACGCCGGGGAAGAGCGGUGCUGGUAAGGGUGCAGCUGCGUACCAUGGCUACAACAACCCCGGGGGCUCCAAAGGCGGCUUCUACGGGACGUCGAACAAGGGCGGCGGUAGUUACUACGGGGGUGGGAACAAGGGCGGGAAAUUGAUGAACCAGUACUACGGCAAGAGCGUGGGUGGCUGCACAUCAGGCUACGCGUCUGGCUAUGGCGGGUACGGUUACCAGAGCGGGUCGUUGUCCCAACCGAAGCAGGGCACGCGGCAGGCGCGGAAGUGGAACAUGUACUUGGGGGACUCGGAUCUCUUUGACACCUCUGACUGCAGUGUGAACGGCUUGAUGUUUACGCCGAUGCGCCCGAACUGCUGGGAUGGUGCCCGGCAGCUCGAUCUCUCGGGACUUGACACAGGGAAUAUUAAACCGGACGAGCAGGAGCCGCCCCCGGAUCCCCCCGCGGCAGAGGAUCUCGACCAGGUUUCUACACAUAGUGAUAGUCCUUUUAGUCACUGUUUUGCGAAAAUAAUGAUAAAAGUAAAACAACAUAAAUGGCUUUUCAACAUGGUUCUGGUUGCGCAAGAACUUUUCAUGGACAUCACAUGGAGAGCAUGAGAAAAGUGAUCUACUUGAAGAUUCUAAAAUGGAGCACUGCCACUGUUCACUUUCUUCUUGCUAGUUAAGUACCACGCAACUAACCUCACAGAGCGCGAACCAAAUUCCGGGUCCACCAGCGAUUACGGACGAAAUGGCAACGGCCUUAGAAGGCCCACUGGCAAUGCCGACAGGGGAGCAAGUGCUGGACCUGAAAAACAGCCCCGCGCCCGCUGGUGCCUCCAAACAAGGUACUUCUGCGCGUCAUUCCCAUGUCAGACACGCUCGCGUUAAAAGGUGAAUUUAUAUAAUUAGUACUGUGCGCACUAUGCUGGUUUUGUUUCGCUAAAGGCGACAAUUUACUGAUCAAAAAAUGAUAAAGUGGAAGAUGAAAAGGGUCAGGGACGAAAAAUAUCGGGAACCGCAUCACUUCUUACGCAUAUGGUUUAAUUUUGAUAUCCCGGUCGCUAUCGCACCAAAAUCGACAACAGGAAGGAGUGGCGGCAGUGUCCCGGGCUCUCCCGGUGACCAGCCAUUUGCGGACGAGGGGGUGGAUUGCGACAACACAUGCGCUGGGGUCGCGUUGGGCUGUGCCGUCGCUCCUGCGAUUCCGAUCGUUACCACCACUGAUUCUACCACAUGGGACGUGAGUUGGAAUUAAGCAAGGACAUGAUCAGGACAUUGCUUUCAGUCUCGGUUGUCAUCUUCGCCGACGGUUAACGAAGUUAAGUAAAGAGCGGACUCGACCCGCCGCAACUACUAAUAUACCACAUGUUUUUAUCUCGAGAGCUUGCUUUCUUCGCUUUUUUUCACAACGAAAACGAUAUAGAACAACUUUUUUUACCGAGUCAAUGAAUCGAUACCACGCGCCACAAGGCUAUUUUCUACAGAACUAUGUGCUACACUUGUCUUCUGACGUUGUACAAGAUGGAACGCCGCGACCUAAUAUGGUCGCGGUACAUCAUCUUGUAGGCUCUGCUUUGAAGUAGCAGUUUGGCAUUUAGUAUGCGCGGCACCGGCGACGGUCCAGAAUUUUCAAAUGAAAAAUUUACAAAGCUAAGCUGUCCAUAGGUACCCUGUUAUCCUCUUUCCAUAUGAACACCUUAUCUACCAAUUAGUUUCUACAACCUCGAGUACUUUUUCUCCUAUCGGAUAAGGAAAGCAUCAAACAACAUGGUUUAUGUUUUAUGAUUUUCAUUUUUUUCUUUUUGUCAGAUAUGCUGGACUUCGGCUUCGGCUUCGCUUAAGUACGCCCACCUAAACGUUCGAUUUUUCUCUUGUUCCCUACUUGGUUUUCAACUUGCUGCCGUGUUUAAUGACAAAACUUUAAAUUGUUUCAUUUACAGUCUGUACGUUAGGAGAAAGUUGGCGAAAUAGCGACUCCAAAAAUGGAAAAUGGAAGUGAUAUCGAGGACGAGAAGUUGAAGUCAAGUUCUGGCCAUGCUUCACCCUUAUCAGUAUUUUACAAUUAUUUUUUUACAUUUUUCUUUUACUUUUUUACAUAAAAAAUACUUCAAUUUUGUCCGCGUUUGAACGAUGCCUGUUUCGGCAUCAGAAUUUCAACGUGAAUUUGAUUUACACCGAGCAUGCGCAAUAGUCUGUUGCUGACAGGCUUAUUUCUGAAUGCGACGUGUAAUUUCAAGUUUUUCAUUUCAAUCCAAAACAAUCUCAAUGAAAACUACAUAAGAUAGACUCCCCUGUACAGCAGCUCAGAUGUGCCUUUCCUAUUUUUUUUUCGCAGAAGUGUGUUGCGAUUUCUGAUUUUCAUCAGAUUUUUUACGACAAGCAUCGGCAGAAAGCAACCGAUAUUGUUGAUUUUCCAAAUAAAAAAAGAAAAACAAAAAAUCAAACAAAGACGCCAGCAUGUUCUCGUAGCUUUUUUCGAAGGAUAGGAGAAAGGCAAGCAUGAAAAAUUUGCUUGAAAAUCGUCCUGUUCCGGUGGGUGUAGUUUGCUGAAAAAGAUGAGCUUUCAUUCUGGC